CUUCUCAUCCUAGCUAGGUAGGUUUGUAGCCGGGUCACAGAUGCACUUUGGAGGAGGAGCUCAUCGUCUCAUCUACAGCAUCUAGCUAGAGCAGGGAGGAGGCAGUGCGUGGCACCGGCAUGGACAACAUCACGCACAACUCCAGCAGCAGCUGCUCAUGGGAUUUGGACAUGAGUCUCGGCAGCCACCACCACCCUCUCCUCUUCGACAGCCACCCCACCUCGGCUCCGCCGCCCUUCAACGUCUCCUCCUCUCACCACCACCCUCCUCUCCAUCCUCCUCAUCACCACCACCACCACCACCAUCCGAUCUUAGAACCUUCUCCUUCUUCCUCUCUCUUCCUGCCUCACCACCGCCGCCACGCUCUUGGCCUUGACAUCGACCCCUCUUCUCAUCACCGGCACCAUGAGUACAGCAGCGGCCACGAGCAGCAGGAGCACCACCACGAUCCGGACGAGAUGAGGCAGGAGGCGGCCGGGGGCCAGGAGGAGCGCGGCGCCGGCGCCGAGGACGUCGAGGAGGAGCUCGGCGCCAUGAAGGAGAUGAUGUACCGGAUCGCCGCCAUGCAGCCGGUCGACAUCGACCCGGCCACCAUCAAGAGGCCGCGCCGCCGCAACGUCCGCAUCAGCGACGACCCUCAGAGCGUCGCCGCCCGCCACCGCCGCGAGCGGAUCAGCGAGCGCAUCCGCAUCCUCCAGCGCCUCGUCCCGGGGGGCACCAAGAUGGACACCGCAUCCAUGCUCGACGAGGCCAUCCGCUACAUCAAGUUCCUCAAGCGCCAGGUCCAGGAUCUCCAGCACCAGCCACCCCAGCAAUACCCUGCCGGGGCAGCUGCUGGAGGUGCAGCUGGACCCAGCACCUCGGUCGUCGGCCCACCAGGGCGACCUGGCGGGCCAUUUCUCCCGCUGGGUCCCGGGCCGCUCAUUGAUUGGGCUGGACUUGUGAGGCCCGUGGAUAUCCACGGGCCGGCAUCGCCGUCAUCCUCGUCGUCGAUGGGAGGCGCACAUGCUGCCCUAGGUUUCGGGUUCACCAGCGCCGGCCAAAGCAGCCAUGGAAUGCAUUGA